GGCUUCCCAUCUUUAUCGUGGGUGUGAUCUUCCUGGCGGAUCCGAGAAAUUAUGGACCAUUCCCCAUUGCAGUAGUUGAAUCCCUUGAGAUAUCCACCAAUGCAACCAUAUGCUGGAUCACAGCCCCCCUGAUCCAUAACAUAGUCAACCUGGGCUUCUUCAGCCUGGUGUUCCUCUUCAACACGGCCAUGCUGGGAGCCAUGGUGCGGGAGAUCCUCAGGCAGAGGAACACAGGCCACAAGCUUAAGCACGCCCUGGUUCUCCUGGGGCUGAGCCUCGUGCUGGGCAUCCCCUGGGCACUGGCGUUCUUCUCCUUUUCCUCGGGAUCGUUCCGGCUCGUCGUCAUCUACCUCUUCACCAUCAUCAACACUUUGCAAGGCUUCCUCAUCUUCCUCUGGUACUGGUCAAUGGUGCUGCAGGUCAGAAAGUCGAAGUCCUACCCCUCACUGAACAACUCCGACAGCGCCAGGUUGCCGAUCAGCACCAGCCGCACGAGCGCAGACUGAAUCACCCGCUUUCUCUGGUCACAGCUGGGACUGUCUCUGCCCCGUGAGUCAAGAACCAGGGAUCGCACUCCCGGAGGGGAGGUGGAGGCAUCACGUUUGUCUGAUGCUCCUGCUUUGCUACACGCGGCCACGUAUAAUCACAAGGAAUGUAGAGAAAUUCACACACUCUCCCAGACACUCUGAACUGCCAGCAUGGAGUCUGUUAUAUGCUAAGAGCAUGAAAGCAGCUCGGUUUCUCUCUGCACAUUCCCGUCUGGAUCUCUCAGGUCCAGCCCUGCCUGGUUCCCAUUGCAUUAAACACCAUUCUUGUAUCACACGCACACACCUGGGCUCCCAGGUAGAUCACCACUUCAGUAUAAAGUCACUGGAAAAGACAGAGGGUGUUAUAAGCCAGCAAGGGCUGCAGCCUUCUCUGACAGGGGAUCGGGGACCUAGUCUGUUUCAUGCUCCUUUUACAGCUCUUUCCACAUCACAGCCUAGAGGGAGGGCAGGGGAGAGCCUGGAAUCCACCUUUCCCAGGGCUCCAGUCACAUCAGGCAGCUGCCAAGUGAAUCCCCAAGUGCAGAGGAGAGAUUGGGCAGCUGUAAAGGUUUCAUUUUCUUCAGAAUGCAGCACAGGCCCAUGAGCGGCUGUGGCAGGUCCAGACUGGACCAGGCACGUGGGGGCUAUGUGCCCCUUAGGUAACAAGGCCUGGGGGGUGCGGUCACCCCUCCUGCCCAAGGUAUGUGGGGUGCUUCUGGGGGAGAGUGAGGCCAUGGGGCUGUAGCAGACAGCCCUCGGUGUACAGGUGCAACUCAGCGCUGUGUCUCCCAUUCAUCAGACCUGCAUGCUGUUCUGCCAGUGCUUCCCCAACAGCUACCCAGCCCUGGGCCUGAAAGAUCAGGCCAGCCAGGACAGAGUUGAGAGUUGGAGGGAUGCUCCAGAGGCCAUGGCAGAGCUGGAGAUUGCGGAUCCCAUUCCUGAAGGGGGGUGGUCCUCCUGUCGCAUUGUAAUUUGGUGAUGUCCUUGGGUUCUUCACGUGGGCCUAGAAUCCCAGCUGGCUUCAAUGAUUGUGAAAGCCUCUUUUCAUCAGCAGCUGGCCAGGAACUGUCACCCUUCUCUUGCACAUCUGGCUUUCACUUAUCCUAGGGUUACCAUACUUGAACUUUCAAAAAAGAGGAC